AUGCCGCGGCCACGAAAGAGGCACUGCAAGAGGCCUUCUACACGUCGCUAUCUUGUUUUACGCCACGGUCGUCGAUUGAUCAAGGCUGAACAAGAUUUUCAGUUUGCAGCGCUCGCAGACGAUCAAUUGGCUCCAGGUCACGAGCAGCUCUUUUCCUCCAACGUCCCUGGCUUGCGAGCUGGCUCUUACACGAUUUCGGUCGUCCAGGAGAUUGUGCCAGACAAAGAUAGCCCUGACGUGAACAAGAGCGUGCCUAGUCAGCAAAAGUUCACGGUUUUCUCGCCCAAGUUCACCAUAGCAUCCGAUGCCUUGUACUCGGUCUAUCCACCGGAGAGCCAUAGUGUCAGACCAGAAGUACUACCCCAUGUGGUCUUCAACGACGCCACCGUUCCGUGGGAACGCUACGGAAGCUACAUCGCCGAGAGGACUCCACCAGCGGACUACGUGUACAACCGAGUGCCCUGGGUUGCAUGCUUGCCUUUUACGACUGAUGAGCUGAAGCUGCCACCGGAAGCCUUGCAAGGCAGCAAGAGCCUGUUUCGCGACACAGAUUCGCUUAAAGGUGGUGCGGAGCAGACCUCCAGUAUGGCAGUAAGUAUGGCAGUUGCGGACGUGUUCAAGUUGGACAGCUCUCAAGUCGCCACGCCGUUUGUCAGCGCUCAAGAUACGCGCGAUGAUGUUGCAAACUUGGUUUUUAUCAAGUCAAUGCAAUUCAACAGCCUUUUCGCCAAGCUCGAUAAGCAGGGCGCUAUUCUAUCGAGCUCAAGUCCAGAUGUUGGCCGCUUCCGUUUCUUAUCGCACGUGCGCAAGGUCAACACAAAGGGCAUGGCGGAUGCUGACGAACACGAUGACGAGACCCAGACAGAGCGGGAGUUCGGUGUCACUGUCUCACAUCGGACCGGCCCCUUGAAAAUCGAGGAGCCUGUCAGUCUUGCGGCGCACCUGCUGUCGAUUGAAGGUGUCGAGCAGAUGCAAGGCUUUCCCAUACAGCAGGAGUACGUAGCUCUGGCAUCACUUCAUAGCUGGAAUUAUAUGUGUCUACCACCGAACUCUUUCAAUCUAGCGGCAACAUUUGAGGCUCUAGCGCGGACGAGUGGCCCUCUAAGGCCCUCGGUGCCAGAGUUGAAACCUUCUAUCUUCGGAGAGCCUCCAGACCCUAUCCAGACUCGGGUGAUGACUCGCAUUGCCGACGGAUAUUCAAUGGUCAAUUAUCGUGCUAUCACCGGUGAAACAAGUGCCGCGCUUUUGAGAGGUCCCUUUACCCCCACAAAGGUCCAGUAUCCACAGUGGGAUCUCCUCUCCAAUUCCGGCGCUGGUCUUCAGAUUCUUGACCAGCAACUUGGGAUCAUGGACAUUACCUAUUCUUCAGCAUGGCAGCUCGGUCGUACUCUAGCCAUGGCUGAUCAACCGUACUCUACGGCUUUGUCCAGAGUCCGAAAGGCAAUCACGGAUCCCGCCCUCUACAAAUCGCAGCAGCAAGCGCUUGAGAAGCGGGGUUCCAAACUCAGAGAUCGGGAACAGCUAAUUGCGUCGUUGCACGCGACAACUCGAGACCUAGUGCUGACGUCCAAUCCAGCAGAAUGCGAAGGCACUUCUACGGUACCAGCCUUGCGUUGGAGGGUGCCGCGCCGGACCACGCCUGUACUGUCAUACCACAGCGACGAAGUCGGCGAGUUUCUCGAGGAUAACCUCGUUGAGCAAGCGUUGAAGAUUGCAAGCAGUCCUGAUAAGAAAGAUCCAGCACAGCCUUACGGGCCUCCGUACGACGAAUACAACACUCCGUACUCAGCAGACUGGGUGGUGGUCUUGCGAUUUGUACUUGAUCUUUCGUACUUGGUCAACAUCCCCGCACAAUACCUUAUCACCGACCCGUCACAUGUUCCGAUAGAAUCCUUCCGUUUCUUUCACAUUGACCAAAACUGGGUUGACGCUCUUGUGGACGGAGCACUCAGUAUUGGCAACCAUAUUGAUCCCACGGAUGACAGGGCCCGUCGCGCCAUCAAACAGGCUAUCAAUCGGUACUUUUCCACGCCUAAUUCAACCCUAAAUUACCCUCCACCAGUGCCACGGUACGGAUUCUACAUGCGCUCAGCAGUAGUGACCAAGUUUCCCGAUCUUGUCCUCUCAACCAAUCCAGUCGCCGAUACCGCAGGAACACCGAUAUUGGGCCGCCACGAUAUCAUCGAUACCAAUCUCAUGCUUGGGCUUCUAAACCAUGAGCCAGUGCCGAAAGAGACCUUCUCAUUGACCUUCACGCAGCCUGCACAUCAGCAAUCGUUCACUGCUGCAGCAACGCUGUCUGAUCAGGAUAUCAAAACUUCGUACUCGCGCAUCUACACCGUUCCAAAUCCUGCGGAUCCAGAUCGCAACAAACCUAUUGACGAUCACCUCUGGAAGCGUGGAGAAACGUCAGAUCGAGGAAGUGUCUUUUGCUGGGGUACCGACAACGAUAGUGACGAUAUUCGAGCAUUACAUGUCGAGAACAUGGCUUUGGACUUAUACACCGUUUUGCAGACACAGCUCAACAAGCUUGAUCCGAACUUUUUCAAGGAGAAGAUCCAAACGGCGGCAAUGAUGGGAAUACAGCUCAAUGACCCAUGUUGGCAGCUCCAAUUCGAAGCCCCAAAGACUGAAUGCCCGUCGGGUGAAGUGGCGAUGCAACUUACAUAUCGAACGGCUAAAACACUGUCCCUUGAGUGCUCACGGUCUAUUGCUGACCUUCAGCCAACAAGUCACCGUAUUCCUACCUUCCAAGAACGGGCCUUGGCACCCAUAUUCAAGCCAAAGUUCAAUCCGCCGCAUUUUCAAGCCGUGCUUGACGCUUCGAUCCUGCUUCCGAAUGAUGGCACAGCAAGAGACGAUGGGGUAAGCCCUCUUUCUAAUCUCCAAAACACCGGAGGAGGGCUUGAUUCAGGCGGAUCCUCACCAGUUGUCGUAACACCAUCCUCAAGCCCCUCGUCUUCACCUGAUACAUCACCCACCCACCGAUGUAAGACCCACGAGCUCAACGAUCUCGCAUCCAUCUCGCUGUCGAAUAGCUGGCACUUCACCAAGUUCCGAUCAACACUGAGUAACGAUGCAAUGGACGGCGAAGGCGGCGCAGCGCCACCAGUCUUCAAAUGGAAAGUUGCACCCGCCUCUAAUCCCGCAACCUCCAACAUCUCCAUGCUCAACUAUUUACAAGACCUCAUUAUCUCAAUCGUCUACCAAGACAAUGCUGCAGACUACCUCCUCACCUCCAUGGUCAUAAGCGUGCCAGUCGGUAAACCAAUAGACACGCCUACCUUGGCAUCCUCCUACCGAGGCCCCGGGUGUGUCAUGCUGUCGAACUUGCUAUUUAACGUGCGGACAACGUACAGCGAUAGUACCAAGAUGCUGCAGAUGGUUCUCCUUCCGAGAACGACACUUGGCUAUGUUCCAGUAAGUCAUAUUAGGGAGCUGAGCUUCUUGCUGCGUGGGGUGCAGACGUACAAUUACCCUAAUGGUGAAAAGACGAUAUUGUUCACUGGGCAGCCUUUCUACAAGAGCGUCGCGAAGGGGGAGGCUGCUAAGUUUUCUGCAGUUCUUCAACCUUCUCCAAGCCUUGGGCUAUCUCUGCCUAGUCCAUCUAUUGGCGACGACUCUUUUUCAACGGACGCGUAA